ACCAUCCACAACCACCACCUGAUGGCCAAGAAAAUGAGACUAGAGCAGUGGCAGCAGAGCAGCAACUAGCAAAAGCUACGUAACAGCGGCAAAGAAAUUAACAAAUCAGUUGAGUGUAAAACGUGAGCGUGUUUGGAACGUUUCGACUUAAAUAGUGGAUAGCUGAAAAUUCUAUAAAAAGUACUGAAAUUAUAUUGUAUUUUAUAUAUAUUAUAAAUUUUUUGUCGGCAUAGAGGCGGCAAAUCAAUCGAAUAAAACACUGUGAGUAACCAGUAAACGGAAGCAGGGGCAUAGGAAAUUUCACGAGUGCAUAGAGGAAGCACAAUCAGGGGGUUCAAGAACGAGAACAAGAGAGUGAAGUGUAUGUACAUAGCGCGCGGUGAAGUGUAUCUAUACGGACUUUCUACGUUAGAUUUUUAUCGGAAAAUUCGUAUGACCGAAAAAUUAGUGUACUAGAAGAGAAUAAGAAAAAAAAAACGAAAAAGCAGAAAUUAAGCAAAUCGGCUUUCGGAAGGGAAAGUAAAAAAAGAAAAUUAGUGGAAAUUUUGUGCGUUGAUAUUUAACUAAAGAAAUCCGAAAGUUAAUUACAAAAAUAAGUGUUGUUUCUUAGAAGAGGCUGUCUCAACCAACAUACAUAUUUUACAUUUUGCAGGAGUGGAUAUUUUACCACUGUUUUAAGCAAAGUCAAGCGUUCAAAUAAGGUAAAUUCUGAACAACAUGGCGACAAGUCCAAAGCCCGUCAAGAAGGUGCCUAUACAUUUGCAGAGCUCUCAGAAUCGCGUCUAUAUCAAGAAUGGACACAUCGUAAAUCACGACAAGUCAUUCAAGGCUGAUAUUUACAUUGAAGAUGGCAUAAUCAAAUUUGUGGGCCCCGCCUCUGAGAUUGUUGUGCCCGGUGGCGUACGCAUAGUGGAUGCUGCUAAUAAGUUGGUGUUGCCUGGUGGCAUUGAUCCACACACCCAUAUGCAGUUGAAAUUCGGCGGUUGUGUGGCAGUAGAUGAUUUCUAUCAUGGCACCAAAGCGGCUGUAGCCGGUGGCACCACCACCAUUAUCGACUUCGUGCUACCCGACAAGGGCGAGUCUCUGGUUGAAGCCUACGACAAAUGGCGCGCUUGGGCUGACCCCAAAGUUUGCUGUGAUUAUGCGCUCCAUGUAGGUAUCACUUGGUGGUCCAAAUCUGUGGCCGAGGAAAUGAAAAUUAUGUGCGAAGAGUUGGGCGUGAAUUCUUUUAAAAUGUUCAUGGCCUACAAGGGUCUCUAUCAGUUGAAUGAUUCCGAAUUGUUGGAUGCUUUCGAGCGUAUACGUUCACUGAAUGGUGUGGCGCAGGUGCACGCUGAGAAUGGUGAUAUUAUUGCUAAGAAUGUGCAAAAAUUGUUGGCCGCCGGUAUAACUGGUCCAGAGGGUCAUGAACUCUCGCGGCAAGAGGAAGUGGAAGCUGAAGCAGUGAAUCGUGCCUGUAUUCUGGCACAUCAGUCCGAUUGUCCAUUGUAUGUAGUGCAUGUAAUGAGUAAAUCGGCGGGCAUUGAAGUGGCCCGUGCCCGCAACCGCUACAAGAAUCAGGGUAUUUACGGUGAAACUCUGGCUGCGGCGCUUGGCACCGAUGGCGCGCACUAUUGGCAUGAAUGCUUCCAACAUGCAGCGGCACAUGUGCUCAGUCCACCGCUGCGUCCCGAUCGAACAACACCCGAGUUUAUGAUGAAGCUUUUGGCGAAAUGAAAACGCCGCUCUAUGUGACGCGCAUCACUUCGAAAUCAUCUGCGGAAAUUAUUGGACGCGCUCGUCGUAGCGGCUAUGUUGUAUU